UGCUCACUCGGUGCCCGGACGCCUGUGCGGUGCCUGUGCGCGAGUGGUGCGUGAACGACCGCGGAUCGAAGCCGCGGUCCCACGGCGUUCUGCCUGGGGGUGGGACCUCGGCCCAGUUUCGCUGUGCGGUGAUCGGCGGGGAGUAGUCGACGGCCAGUGCUAGAAGAAGGAGUUCCUACACACUGUGGACCCGGCGGCCAGCCGCGUCCAUGGAGGCAACGUGCCGGCCAUGGAGUUAUGCGUCGCGAGCCCCGCCUGUGCCACUUGCAUCGGCAGCAACCAGCGCGGUGUUCGACGACGUCGCUGGGUCACCCUGUUCCUGCUCCUGGUCGCUGCCGUGUCAGGUGUGCUGGGCGUUGUGGUCACCGAGGUGCGGCUCCUGUCGGACAGCAACAAGACGCAGUACGUGCUUCAGGGCGAGGGCGCCACGCUGCUCUGCUUCUUCGUGCUGUCGCCGGGCGAAGACCUGCGGCGCGUCCUCUGGUUCAAGGACGGCGCCGAGGUCUACGUGUGGCGCAAGGGCCGCCGGCCGCUGGCGCGCAACCUGUUCGACAAACGCGUCGACCUGAGCAACCGGUCGCCGUCAUUCAUCUCCAUCCUCAGCGCACACAUGUCGAUGCAGGGAAACUACACGUGCAAGGUCGAGACGGAUCAGGGCACUUCGCAGAACGACUUCUUCCUCACCGUCAUCGUAGACUCGUGCAAGGAAGACAGCUGGACCACGUUCUCGGACCGGGUGUCGUGCUCCGAAACGGUGGAGCUGGACUGCGGCGGCAUGUUCCCCAAGCCGUCGCCGGCCUGCGGCGUCUACAACGACCAGACGGGCGUCUACCUGAACACGGUGCCGUUCGACCGCGUCGAGCCGGCGGCCAACUCGACGUACGAGGUGCGGCUGCACCGAGUCUUCCAGGUGCGGGACUGGCUCGCCUUCCGCAACCUCACCUUCCGCUGCCACAUCAUCGUCCUGGGCACCGACUGGCGCUCCGGCAUCUCGCACAAACUAUUCGGAGACGCCGGAUGCCCGCCCGAACCUCCAGAGAUCGUGAACGGCUUCUACAACGUGAGCGGCGAGGAUACAUGCUGGCGCACUCCGUCCGAGGGAUCCGUGACGCGCUACUACUGCCUCGAAGGGUUCGAGCUGCGGGGACCCCGGGAGCUGGUGUGCCGCAACGGCUCCUGGGUCGUGCCGAGACCUCUGGUGACGUCCUCGGGCCCGCAGCAGGCUCCCGGGGCUGGGAGGCCCUUCAAGAACAUCAUCUGUGAAAUCAAUGGCCAAGCCAAAGUAGGAUGGAACACAUUGCUCACUGCCAUCAUGACAACACUGCCUGCGAUCCUGUGUCUCCACUUGACGUCCUCUUCGACGUAGCACCCGUGGCUCUUGUUUGCCGUUGCGGCGAAGAUGGUAGUGUUGACAACCUGCUCGAAGGCACGGCGCAUAUAACCGUAGGAGGGAAGUGUGCGCCUCGAAUGAGCGGCUUCGCUCUCAAUCGCUCACUUCGAAGAGCGGCUCCACUCCGAGAACGCCAGCAGUGUCCGUGUGCAUAUGCACCGUGCCCAUUUCACGUGCGUGUUCGAGUACUUAGACGAGUACACUAUAGCGGACGCCGAGGAAGUAGACUGAAGAAACCUCUUCGCCUGUUAACCUCUUCACCAGUUUCGUUGUUAGGAAUGCAGUGCUCCUGUGUGUGCAUUGAAGAGCGACGUCUCUGCCCUAUGUCCACUAGUGGUCACAUUGAAAUAACAAAAAAAAAAUGCUACGCAGUGAGCUUUCGAGCCAGGCUCAAAAGGGGACCCUGAAAGGAUUUCUUCGGAGCUGUAGUUUUUCUCUGCUUGCAGACUUUGUGUGAUUGUGAUGAGAAAGCUUGAAACGACAGAAAGCCCCGCUAGUAGUUAAUCAUUUGUGCUUUGAAAUGUUAGGCGUAGAAAACACGGAAACGGCGUCUGCGCUGUCCUUUUCUUUCGUCUCGUGUCCAUGUUUCCUAUGCCUAACCUUUUAAGCCAAGGAAAGCUUCAGCACAGGGGAGCCGUUCUAGCGUAAACUUAUACAACAGAAUAAGGCGCGGAUACCACUGUAGC